ACAAAGAGCAGCAGCAGCAUGAGCAGCUUCCAGCCACAAUGGUGAGGAACAACAGCUGUGGAACAAAGCCGCCACUUUCCAGAAGCCUAGGCCUCCAUAAAGAGGCACGCGCUGGCAGCCGGUGCCGUUUCGCUGGGAGGCAGUGAGAGAGUCAGAGUGCUGCAGUGCAGCGAUGUCUGUGGGCGAGUAGCAGUACCCCGUCAGAUCACCAGAACCGGGACAGGCAUGCCUCUGCCAAGACGCCGAUCCUCCAUCCUGGGCCAGACCAGCGCGGAGCGGCCGGGCGGUGUCGGGCGGGUGAGCGCGGGUGGCACCGCGGCGCCUCGGGGUGUAUUCGUGGGCACCGCACCCCCCACCGUGACCCAAACGCCCACUAACCUGGGUGCACGCGUGUCCCGCAGGGCGCUGGGAAUCAGCAGCGUCUUUCUGCAGGGCCUGCGGAGCACCACCAGUGCCCCUGUGCUGCCCCAGCCCCGAGACCGGGCCCACCAGCAGCUGGGAUUCGACAGCCUCAACUGCUGCCUGCUGGAGUACCGCGACAAGGUCCGGGCCCUGGAGGAGCUCAACCAGCAGCUGGAGGAGCAGAUCCGCAGCUACCUUGAGCGCAAGGCCUCCAGCGCAGAGACAUGGGGAGCCCUGCGACACGAGUGGGAGGACGUCUACAGACAGGUGAGUGAAGCCAUCCUGAGCAAUGCCCGACUCAUGCUGCAGACUGAGAACGUUCAGGCCAAUGCUGAGGACCUGAAAGACCGGUUUGAGAAUGAGCAGCCUUUCCGGAAAGCAGUGGAGGAGGAGAUCAGCUCACUCUAUAAGGUCAUUGAUGAUGCUAACCUCACCAAGAUGGACCUGGAGAACCAGAUCGAGUCCAUGAAGACAGAGCUGAUAGACCUUGCCAGAAACCACGAGGAGGAUGUCAGAGUUCUGUAUAAUCAGAUGGCCGGUCGUGAAGUUGACGAACCCGAUGCCCCGAUUGAGACGAGUUUGGAACAGAUCCUGGCCUAUAUCCGAACGCACUGGGAGAAGGUUAUUGAGAGGAACCGUGCAGAGACUGAUGCGUACCUGGAGUGUAAGCAGGCUGAGUGUGUGAACAGUAAGCUAAGUCGAGAGGAGGCGGAGCUGGAGAGUCUGAAGGCAGAGUGUAAUGAGGCUAGUGCCAAGAUCCAGAGCCUACAGGCCGAGACUGAGUCCACGAGGGCCCUGAAACGAGGCCUGGAGAACUCCCUGAACGACGCCAAGCACUGGCACGAUAUCGAGCUGCAGAACCUGGGCUCUGUGAUCGGGAAGCUGGAGGCGGAGCUGUCCGAUGUGCGCGGGGACAUCGAACAGCAGCGCCGUGACUUUGAGACCCUCCUCAACAACAAGACCAGGCUUGAGAUGGAGAUUGGAACAUACCACGGAAUCUUGGAUGGGGAGGAGAGUAGAUACCACCCUGCAAUGAGCCCAGGUGGAUCUGCAGUGCCAGAGGGGGCACCUACUCCUUCUUGCGUCCCACAGCCUGAAGGUUCUAAAGAAAAAGUGAAGAAAUAAACCCCACUUCUGCGCAGAAGUCUCCAAAAAUGCUUGAUUUCCAUUUGCAUGCCUUCAUUUCUGCACUACUGCUCGUAUAGAUUUCCCUGCUACUUCAAUUGUUGGAAGUUUGAUGGUUUGAGAACAAUAAACAAAUCCCUCACAUUAA